AUGUUCGCCAACCGCUUCGCUUAUCUCAUCGCAUGCGUCGCUGUAGUCCCACUCGCCAUGACCGCAGUGACGGAGCCUAUUGAGCUUAACGUCGACUACAAGCUCUACGGCUUCGCCCCCGUUGAAUGCCAGAACACGCCCAUCCAGACCGGCACGUUCAUCACGAGUCACUGCCACAAUCUGGGCAUCAGGGCAUACGACGGCAAGCUUAAUGUACCCCUUGAUCGCUGCACGCUGCACUUCUGGAAUCAAACGAACUGUCUAGGCGGGGAGGGCACGCCGAUCCCGCUUCCUGGAGGUCAGGAGUCGAGCUGCGAGUCUCUCGCUCUUGAGGCUUCUCGGCUUCCGGGCGUUGGAAAUCCGCCGACUGAUCUUGCCCAGUCGGUGAAGGUUGAGUGCCCUAACAUCUCGAAGUGA